UAUCCUGGUUAGCAAAUGUCCAUCAACUGUAAGGAAAAAGAUGGCCUCAUCGUGAUAAUUCAGUUGUUUGUCGCCUGUACUUUAACUUGACACUACAAACCUUCUCAGAACCGAACAUGUAAGGUUUAUGCUCCGUUUUACGAUAGCUAACUACCGCCGUUAACAUCAGCAAUUAGACGAUGACGGCUCAGACCAGCGGCUGGACAGCUCGGACAUGUCCAGUCUCUCUCGCCAUUUUUCUGCUACUUAUCACUUUGCAUGUGGUGCAACCGACUCAGGAGUUUGAUCCGUAUAAAGUCCUGGGUGUCAGCAGGAGUGCCAGUCAGCCGGAAAUUAAGCGAGCGUACAAGAACCUGGCCAGGGAAUGGCAUCCAGAUAAGAACAAGGACCCCAGUGCUGAAGACAUGUUUAUAAAGAUUUCCAAGUCUUACGAGAGCCCUUUAUAG